AUGGCUUGUGGUCAGUCAACAUGGAUAGAGCGCGAACUUUCUGAUUCGGGGAACCGCAGUUCGAACCCGAUCGCUGCAUUUUGGCUUACCCUGUCCAAGCUUGAGCAACCAGGCAGUAUUCAAGCCAUCGUGCUCCCUUCGGGUGGCCUGACAGCUAGACACCGAAAGGGUGUUACAAUUGAACGAUUCCUAGCUACACAAAGGCCGGAACGGAGUGUAGAUAAGACUAAUUUAUGCCGAAAAACCGAGAAGCAUCAUACAGCUAUUUCACCUCUGUUUUGA